UGUGUUUAAAUCAUAACGGAAAAGUCGCCAAAAAAAAACGGCAAUAAAAUAAUACUUGUUUGCUUAUAGAUACACAUACGAGUACAGCAUAUGUGUGUGUGCGCGAGUGUAACAUAGUUUACCUGUAUAUACCUGUGUGUGUGUGUGUGAGUGUGUACCUUGAAGGUAUCUAAGCAUCCACUCCGACUCCAACUCUGACUGCGGCUACAUUUUCAACUUCGCGUGUCUGCGACUUGGAUAUACGAAAUUAUUCAAAUAAGAAAAUCGUCGCCUCCUCAUCCUCUCGUCCUUAUACGUCAAAAGCGAGAAAAAAGCAAAAACAACAUAAAAGAAAAGGAACUCACAUUUGAAAUCCAAACUUGUUUUUUUGGGUGACUGCAGUUGGAAUUAGCUGGUUUUUUUGGUGCUUUCGUUCCUUGUUAUUGGCCACACAAAUGUACAUCAACGAUGGCCACAUUGGGCCUGUCAAAAGUUUUCAUACUGGAUAAAUAUUUUACGGAAUUGCAAAAAUUUUGGGAGACCGAGAAGAAGCUGCAGGAUGCUUCAUCAUCCAAUGAGGCAGUGCAUCUGCAGCAGCGGCUGAAGAGUCUGAGCACCGAGCUGCUGGUCAUGCGCAAUCGGUUGCAUGUGGAGGGUCAGGUUCAGGGUCGGGGCAGCGAUGCACAGCAUCACAGCAUUGGCGUUGGCGUCGGCGUCGCCGUUGGCAUUGCCAAUAAUGGAGGUGCGAAGGCGGCUAACUUUGAUUUGAAUGCAUCCAGUCCGAAUCUAAAUCUGGGCACUGCCGGUCUAUCAACAAAUGCAUUGCAGCAGCAUGUGAACGGAGGUGGACAACAUACGCUGCCCAAGCAGCACACUUACAACUUCAGCCAGACGUUGCCAAGUAAUUCGGGCUCUGGUGCUGUCAUCUCGGCACGCAACACAUCGAUUCCACAUCCAUUGCCACAUCAGCUGGGCGAUAAAUCCGCAUUGUCGCAUCACAAGAGCAACAAUGGAAGUCUGGGUGCUUUGGCAACAUUGCCACAUGGCGGCAAUUCCAAUUGCAACACGCUGCCGAUGCGCUCAUCGACGGCAACUGCGCUUGCGGCAUCGGUGGCAGCAUCGCAGCAGCAGCAACAACAACAACAACAUCAUCAAAGCCAGCAAUUUCCCUCGACCAAACAUGUGAAUCCUUGCCAGAGUGUGAAGACGUUGCCAUUUGGAUUCGGAUUUGCCGCCGGCGGCAUUAAGCUGCAUUCAACUGGAAGGCCCCCUAAGGAUAUGCAGGAUCUAAUCCAUCUGGCGGGUCCUCUUAACGAGCAUGCCGUUAUGCAUACGCUACAGGCACGCUUCAACGAGCAGCGAUAUUUCACAAAUGUGGGACCCAUUCUGCUGUCGAUUAAUCCCUAUCUGGAUGUGGGCAAUCCGCUGACAUUAACAUCGACGCGUGACUUGCCGCUGGCACCGCAGCUCCAGAAGAUAGUGCAGGAGGCAGUGCGUCAGCAGAGUGAGACGGGUUAUCCGCAGGCCAUCAUACUGUCGGGCACCAGCGGAGCAGGGAAGACAGCGAAUGCCAUGUUGAUGUUGCGCCAACUUUUUGCCAUUGCCGGUGGUGGCCCGGAAACGGAUGCCUUUAAGCACUUGGCUGCCGCUUUUACGGUCUUACGUUCGCUUGGAUCCGCCAAGACAACCACCAACUCGGAGUCCAGUCGCAUUGGCCAAUUCAUUGAGGUACAAGUGACGGAUGGUGCACUCUAUCGCACCAAGAUUCACUGCUAUUUUCUGGAUCAGACGCGCGUCAUCCGUCCACUGCCCAAGGAGAAGAACUAUCACAUAUUCUAUCAACUUCUGGCCGGACUCAAUAGGGAAGAACGUCAAAAGCUCCAUUUGGAGGGAUAUUCACCGGCUAAUCUGCGUUAUCUGCGUGGUGAUAGCUCCCAGAACGAACAGGAGGAUGCUCAACGUUUCCAGUCGUGGAAAACUUGUCUGGGCAUCUUGGGGAUUCCCUUUUUGGAUGUGGUGCGUGUGCUGGCUGCGGUUCUAUUGCUUGGCAAUGUUCAGUUUAUCGAUGGAGGGGGCCUCGAGGUGGAUGUCAAAGGCGAAACGGAGCUUAAUUCAGUGGCCAGUCUUUUGGGUGUGCCUCCGGCAGCACUGUUCCGGGGAUUAACCACACGCACCCACAAUGUGCGGGGCCAGCUGGUGAAAUCGGUGUGCGGGGAUGGAGAUGCGAAUAUGACGCGGGAUUGUCUGGCCAAGGCGUUGUACUGUCGCCUGGUGGCGACGAUUGUCAGGCGAGCAAACAGCCUGAAGCGUUUGGGCUCGACGCUGGGCACGCUCAGCUCGGACUCGAAUGAGUCGGUGCACAACCAGGCGGAUGCAGCAUCCCAGCAUGCGUCGACUAUUGGCGGUGGCAAUGCGGGCUCCAAGUCGAUGGCCGCACUGAAUAACGCAGUGCGACAUGCGACGGAUGGAUUCAUUGGCAUUCUUGACAUGUUCGGCUUUGAGGAGCCAUCGCCACAUGCCCAGCUGGAGCAUCUGUGCAUCAAUCUGUGUGCGGAGACAAUGCAGCAUUUCUACAACACGCACAUCUUCAAAUCCUCGGUGGAAUCCUGUCGGGAUGAGGGCAUUGUAUGCGACACGGAGGUCGACUAUGUGGAUAAUGUGCCAUGCAUUGAUUUGAUAUCCUCGCUGCGAACCGGUUUGCUCAGCCUCUUGGACAUGGAGUGCUCGGUGCGAGGCACAGCCGAGAGUUAUGUGACCAAGCUGAAGGUGCAACAUCGCUGCUCCACGCGACUGGAGGCCCGCAAUGCCUCCGAACCAGAUGAUCCACGUCUUUUUGCCAUCAGACAUUUUGCGGGUCGCGUUGAGUACGACACCACCGAUUUUCUGGACACGAAUAGGGAUGUGGUGCCGGAUGAUCUGGUUGCUGUGUUUUACAAACACAGUUGCAACUUUGGCUUUGCCACACAUCUCUUUGGCUCGGAGCUGAAGGCUCUGUAUGCCCAGCAGCAGGCACCGCGUGGCCUCAGUUUCCGCAUUUCACCCACCUCGCACUCGGACCUGCUCAAUGGCGAUGAGCCCGUUUCCACACUCACCCAGGACUUCCACACACGACUGGACAAUCUGUUGCGCACUCUUGUCCAUGCCAGACCGCAUUUUGUGCGCUGCAUUCGGAGCAAUGCAUCCGAGCAGGCGGGCAGAUUCGAGCGGAUGACGGUGGUGCGACAGAUUCGUUCCUUGCAGGUUCUGGAGACGGUGAAUUUGAUGGCAUCUGGAUUUCCACAUCGCAUGCGCUUCAAGCAAUUUAAUGCCCGCUAUCGCAUGUUGGCUCCCUUCCGCCUGCUGCGACGCAGCGAGGACAAAGCUCUGGAGGAUUGCCAGCUGAUACUGCAGUAUGCCAUGGACAUGGAGCAGCCACCUGUGCUAGAUGGUUCCGUAACGCUGGCCUGGGCGCCGGGCAAGAGACAUGUCUUCAUUAGCGAAGGCAUCCGACAGCAUCUGGAGCACUUACGCACUGAGAUUCGCCACAAGAGCGCCACCCGGAUGCAGGCCACCUGGCGUGGCUGGUGCUGGCGCAAAAAGAUGGGCAACAGCCUGAAGCGUCCCAGUGCCAACGAUGCCGGACUCAUGUCAGCAUUGCCGGCCAUUGCCAACUCCUGUGCCAAACUCGCCAGUGCCCACAAUAAUCCCAAUGGCAAGGCAACUUCUGCUGCAAUGGCUGCUCUCGCCGCCGUGGCUGCAGCUGCUCCCAAUACAGUUCCACGCCUCUCUGCGAAAUCCACAAAUCCGAAUCUCGGCAUCGGUGGCACAGUGACCCGGCCGAGACCUCAGCCCAUUGCCGGCACACCACCGCCGGAUCCACACGAGAAAUGCGACCAGAAGAUUAUACAACAAACAUGUAGUCUUUUCGGAUUAGAUUUGGAACGCCCACCGCCCGUGCCUCCAUCGAGAGCGUACACCAUCACGGCCAACUCGAAGAAGCUUGGCUAUCCGCAAACUCGCAUCAUGAAAAUGAAUUUUCCAGAGGAUGCUCUUGCUAAUCCGGCAACAGCAAUGCCACCUCCGGCCGCAGGGGAGCUGCAACAACAACAGCAACAACAGCAGCAACAACAACAGCAGCAACAACAGCAGCCGUUGAAAAAAGGCGAGACUGUGACUGUGGUGGGUGCCUCUAAUGGUCGGGGUCACUUGAUUGUCGAGCACAAAGGCCAAAGCUAUCAUGUACCCUUUCAGUACAUGGAACUGAGCAGUCAAACAAUUGGCUCUAGUGGCAAUGCCAGCAUCCCCAGUAUUCCCAGCAUCCCAACUAUUCCCAUCUCGACUGGACAAUCUAAUGGAGUCAAGAUUUAAAGCCACACAAAAUGAACUCAGGUGCACUUCCAAAAAAGUCACCUAACAGGUUCGAGGACUGUAUAUAUUUCAACUAGUUCAUAAUAUUUUUUUUGGAUAGUUCCCAUCUCCAAAAAAUUUGAAUUGUGCUUACCCUAAAUAUUGUUAAGAUUAUGGAAUCUGCUUUAACAUUCAGAUUCUAAGCACAUUGUAGUAUUAUUUUAUGUUUACCACUGUACGGUAGGUUGUAGCUUCCAGUGCCAAUCAAGUGAGUUCUUCCAAUAAGAAUAAUCAAUUAUAAGUUCUUGUAAUUAAAAUUUAUACACACACACAUAUGCAUACAAGAGAUUAGUUAUUGCUCAUUAAAUACGUGUUCGAUUAUUCAUUUACCGAUCACUUUGCGGUUUUAUUUCUUUCUUGUUACUCAUAUAGCCUGAUAUAAAUAUCCAUAAAUAAAAUAUAAGUAGUUUUACAUAUAUAGCUUUAAGAUAUCGCAUAUUAUUUACCGUUUAUCAUGUUAAUGUUAAGUUUACUAUUCUGACAAUGUUGCCACUUGGUUAUAAAAAGACUCACAUUGCCAACUUAUCAUCUUAUCUUAUCCAUGUCAUGUGAAAUUUAACUAAGUUACUUAUGUAUUCAGCCAAUUUAUGUGCUAGAAAUACAUAAAAAUAUAUAGAUAUCUAUGUACUAAAAUUAAAUCCAUUCCUGCAUUAAAGAAACACAUAAUUGAGAACAUUAAA